AUGGCCAACGAUACAGACCAGCUCGACAUCCCGCAGAGCCUCGACCGCCUCGCGCGUCUCCUCGAGAGCAAGGAGCACAACCUUGCGGGCGAAGGAGGCGACGCGGCGCUUGCAGAGGGCGCGAUUGAGGCUGCCAAGGGCAUCUUCGAUCUCGCCAUCUCGCUCGAGCCCAUGUCCCAUCCUCACCUGCACCCUUUCCUUGUCUCGAUCCUCCAGCCUCCUGCCAUCUCGCUCCGUUCCUCCACCAAGAAGGGCGGCGAGGAUGAGCCCGCUGUGCCCGACCCGACCGAGCUCCUCCCUUACACGCCGUUGAGCGUCCUCACCACCGACGGCAUGGACCCGGAACAGGUCUGGUCACAGCUCGAGCUGCGUGCCGAGGGCAUCUGCCGUGUCGUCAAGGAGGAGAUGACAGUCGAGGAGUGGAAGCAGAUGAUGGGCGACCAGGGUUACGAUGAGGGCGACAGUGCCAGUGACCUGGGAAGCGCCGAGGAGGGCUCGGACGACGAGUUGCUCGGUUCGGACGAGGACGAGGACAUGUCGCUCGGAUCGGACGAGGACGAGGAGGAUGACGAGGAGGAGGAAGAGGAUGACGAGGACGAGGACGACGAAGAUGAAGAGGAGGAGGGAUCCGAUGAGGAGGGCGAUGUUGCCAUGGGCUCUGGCGACGAGUCCGACGACGAUGUUUCCGCUGCUGGCCCAUCCAAGCCUCGCAAGUCCAGCAAGGCUCAACACCCGACUUUGGACGACCAGUUCUUCUCGAUCGACGAAUUCAACCGCAUGACCGAGGAGCAGGAGGCUACCCGCGUUACCUCGGGCAGGUUGGGAGGCGACGAGGAUGAGGAGGCCGACCUCGACGACGUGGGCCACCUUUUCCUGGAGGAGGGCGAUGACGAUGCCGACAUCUCCUACGCCGACUUCUUCGCACCACCUCCCCAACAGGAGGCGACAGGAAAUGCUGGCAAGGGCAAGGGCAAGGCGAGCGGCAAGGGCAAGAAGAAGAGCAAGUCUGCGUUUGCCGACGAGGACGACGAGGACGAGCCAGUUCAGUGGCCCGACGAGGACGACAUUGACGAGACCCGUGAUGCCAUGGAGCGCGUCAAGGGCGACCUGUUUGACGACAGUGAGGACGACGAGGACAGCGAAAAGGUUCUUUCGACGCACGAGAGGCGACAGCGCGAGCUGGCAGACCAGAUUGCCCAGCUGGAGAGCGAGGCCAUUGGUCCCAAGGACUGGACGCUUAUGGGUGAGGCUUCGGCCCGUGCCCGUCCUGAAAACUCGCUUCUCGAGGAGAACCUCGACUUUGAGCACGUCGCCAAGGUCGUCCCUGUCAUCACCGAGGAGAGCGUCGCCACGCUUGAGGAGCUCAUCAAGAAGCGUAUCCUCGACAACAACUUUGACUCUCCCGAGCGUGUGCGCGCAUACGAGCCCACUCCCUUCCUCCCCUCGCGCUUCUUUGAGCUCCAGGACACCCAGUCGACCAAGUCGCUCGCGCAGAUCUACGAGGACGACUUCCAGGCCAAGGUUGCCGGUGGUGCUGCCAAGGACCCCCGCGACGAGAAGCUCCGCAAGGAGCACGACGAGAUUGAGAACCUCUGGGGCGAGAUUUGCUACAAGCUCGACGCCCUCAGCUCGCUCAACUUUGUCCCCAAGGCGCCCAAGGCCCAGAUCACCACCGUCGAGAACAUUGCCACGACCUCGAUGGAGACUGCCCUGCCCUCGACCCAGCAGGCCACGACAAUGCUGGCCCCACACGAGCUCUUCGCGGGCCCCAAGGCGACCGAGCUCCAGGCCCGUUCCGAGCAGACGCCCGAGGAGGCCCGUCGCGCCCGCGGCAAGGCCCGCAAAACCAAGAAGGCCGAAAAGGCCCGUUUGGGAGCCACGGCCCAGCUCUACGCCAAGAAGAAGAGCGUCAAGGAGCAAAAGGACGAGGCGCUCCAGGCCCUCGUCAAGUCUGGCAAGGGUGUCACCGUCGUCGGCAAGGGCGACAAGGAGGACGCCAAGCGCAAGAAGCGCGAAGAGGCCAACCCAGACGCCAAGCGUCUCAAGCUCUAG